AUGUAUAUUAGUCCUAGCUAUAUUACUGAGAACCGCAAUGGAGAUGUUAUCGUGUCUGACAUAGGCUGUAAUGCAGUAGUGGUGACAGACCGUCAUGGUAACCACCGCUUCUCCUACACAGGUCCUCCAUCAGAGUCAGGAUUAUUAUUACCACUAGGAAUCUGUACAGACGCACUGUCACAUAUCUUGGUGUGUGAUUAUAACAGUGAAACAAUACAGAUGAUAGACGAGAACGGCCAAUUCCUUUCAAUAAUUCUGACACAUAAAGAAGGAAUAUAUGGACCAGGGGGGCUGAGUUAUGAUGACAAAACUAAUCUUUUAUGGGUUGGAUCGUUUGGUAACAACACAGUAAAUAUAUUCAAAUGCAUGGAUAGGGACUCAAUGGCAGGUAUUGAUGUGGAUGAUAAUUUGAAGUGUAAUUUUGAAGACAGUUAUCUCAACCUUCAGUCUAAUACCAGACAUCAACAGAUUCACAGAAGAGAAGAAAUCAAAGAUUUUUCCAAUCUCAAAUCAUACGUUCAUAAGCAGACACACAUUCUAACAAAAUUAAAUACAACGCAAAAUGGAAAAGAAGAAAGCAUAAACAGGGAAAACCUUGAAAAAAAAGAAGAUGCUAAGGAGUUGCCAAGUGGUUCUAAAAACAGUCUAUUAGCUCUGUGCGAUACUUUGGAACCUCAGCCCGAUGGCAUACAGAAAACGGAGAGUGAUCGAGAACCUCAUGAAAAAGGUAGCAAAGAAAUGAAAGAUGGAAUUCCAGAAAAAGCAAUAGGGGUUGACCUUGUGCUUAUUAACUAUACGCAACCAUCUGAUGAGGCAUCUACUGUCCUUAGGUCCAUUUCAGCUCCUCGUUUAUCUCGCAACUUGCCUGUUAUUACAGAAAACUACGCACGAAAGCUUUUCAAGAAACAUUCUAAUCUCACUCUCAUAUCAGCAUCUCCAUAUAAAUCAUCAGGAUAUUUAAAAGGAAAACACAUUAUUGUUGAAAAACACUGCAUAAGUCUAUUGUGUUUACAUAAAGGCUACAUUCCUUUUGGAGAACGAGAGUUUCCUAAACAAAUCAAUGGUUUCGAAGUAGAUGUACAGGAGGGCUACUGUACCUUGGGAAGUGGUAGAUCUAUAGACGUUGGUGGACACAUUCGUCGUGCUAGAGGAAUAAACACUCCUGGACAUGGAAGUAUCGGGGGCUUUGUUGAUUUGUCAAAUGGUUCUGUUGGGUUAAUUACGUGUGCUCAUGUUGUAUUUUCAACAGAUGAAUUGUUUAAAGCGAAUUCUGAAAUUGAGGACUAUGUUCUUUGCAGAAAUACAGAUUUGAAUGUUGAGUUUUUUGAUAGAAAUGAACAUAAUUUUGAAGUGUGUGGUAAUAUCGUGAAAAAAUGUUUUCCAUCAUCAGUUGAUGACAUUUCAGUAGACGCUGCUUUGAUAGAACUUGACCAAUCUGUGAACGAAUUUGGAUUUCCUGUGGUACUAGCUGAUCAACUUUAUCUUGCAGGUUUUGAACCUAAUAAGCCACCGGUAUUCACAGGGGAGGUUGUUAGUUUUCCAGAUCCUGAGACUGAAAGACAUAGAUCGUCAGAUGUUUCACAGAGAAGUGGAAUCCCAGGCAGAUUAAACAGCGUCAUAAAAUAUGGAAGUCAAACAAGAUUCACAAUUGGAAAUUUUUACUUUGAUCGAGUGCAUAUUCGCUUUCUGAAUAAUACUUUAGAUUUGCCGGGACGAAACGGCUUUGCUACAAUGUACAAUCAAAUAGAAAUACAAAGCCUACCCCAUGGGACAUUUUUUGAAGCUGGUGAUUCGGGGGCCUUUGUGUUUUGUAUCAAUGUAGACAAGACACUGAGCUGUCUUGGGAUGGCGAUAGGUUCCAGCACUAGGGGAUCCUGUCUCGUGACACCAAUGACUAGAAUUUUAGAUUCUUUUAGUCUUCCUCAUAGUUUGAAGCCAUGUUCUGCGUUUAACCCCACAAACACCUCACAAGGGUCACAGUCAGAACAGCAAAAUAAUGCCUCAGCUGGUGUUGAUUUAGGUACAAUUCUGUUGAAUUUGCAAACUUCAAUAACAAACAUACAAACAGAACUUGGAAACUUUAGAUCAGAAGUUCAAUCAGAAGUUGGGAAUCUUAGUGCACAAGUUCAAGAAAUUAAAGAUAGAUUCCAAACAAAGUUACCUGGGAGCUCCGAUAAUACUAAUAAAAAAUGAUUUUUAAUGUUUAUUUUUUGAUAUCGUUUUG